UGCCACGGAAGGCCAACAGAGUGUGUGGCUGCGGCCAAAAUUUCAAGACUAAUGACAGAUCAGAGAAAGGCAAAGCAGAUCCACAAAAUCCGCGGUCAUACGAAUUUUCGAUCCUUGCAGAACAAGAUGCUGAUGUGCAGACAAUCUACUAGUUCCAAUUACUAAAAGUGAUUGGAUGUUGACGAAAAUGGGCGGAUCAUUGUAAAAGAGUUGUAUAGUAAACUGUACUGCUUCCCACACCCACAGGAAAUCCUCAAGAAGAUCGUAGCGACAUCAUAGGCAUUUGCUACCCUUGUAAGAACUGCUUCUAGGAUAGAUUCGAUCUGACAGUGACCCUAAUUUCCUGCUUUUCCGACGAGGACAUCGCUCUCCUCCGGCAAAACUCAUGACCCCCCAACCACCGCCACGCGCCCGUCCGCAACCCGGGCAGUACGUCGGUCUUCGCGACUUACAGGGCGGUUUGAAAGUGGUGCAACUGAAUGCCAACACCUCGAUUAAAUUUGGGAAGCACCCGACCGUCGACGCCAAUCUGUUGCUGAAAACGCCCUUCGGCGCGACUUUGCUCUACCAAGAACAUACCAACGAACAAACCGGAAGCACGACCCAUUCUUGGCAGCGUGCGGCGAGGACAGUUUUGGGCCAGUUGGAACACAACAAAGACGAAGAUGGCAGCUCUCCCGCUGGGUUGGACUCUCUCGCGCCGGGAGGACAGCAGCAGCAGCAGGCGCAAGUUCCAGAAGUCGCGCAGCCAGACGCGGAGCAAACGCAGAGAGGGAAAAAUAACCAGAACUUCAAGCAGGACAACAGCGCGCAGUCGCUGACGCAGGAACAGAUCCUGCAGAUGAAGGACGAGGGGAAAUCGGGGAUUGAUAUGAUAAAGGAAAUUGCGGGCAGCAGCGCUACUUUCGCCGAAAAAACCGUGUUUUCGCAGGCGAAAUACAUCGCCAGGAAGCAGAAAAAGUACAUCCACCAGCUGACCGUGCUGGAAGUCACGCCGAUGUUGCUCUGCGAGUACUACGCCCAGGAGAAGCCCAGCAAAAUCGCGCAUCUGAAAUUCGAAGUCCUCAGCGGGCUGCUGUGGCACGCAAACGUCUUCGGCUCAAGUUUCGGGAAAACAACAGCACGACCAACGGCCGAGAAGCAACCCCCAAGAGUUUUGGUAUACGACGAAGUUGGUGGAAUGCUCGCUGGCGCCGUGCACUACCGGAUGUUUGGGCCCGGUGAUUUGAUGAGCAGUCGUAGUUCCACAUCCACGACCUCGAGCAGUAGUAUACUCGCUACUGGAACAAGUAACGCCUCACGGAACGGCCUCUUCCGCAUCCACCAGACUGUCGGGGCGCCGAACAAAGCGGGCGAGCAGCUCAACUGCCCCACCGCACGCGUACUGCCCUUCGAUCUGGUGGAAAGCCUUCUUCUCGACGAUGAAGCACCAAAGCAGAGUACAGCUACAGGAUCAUGUGCUGAGGAUUGUAACAGAAGUCCCAUGGAACAAGAAGUAGCCACGAAUAAGCAGAAGUUAAUCGAUGAUUUUAUCGCUUUGCCGGAAGAAAUGAGAAGCCUCAACCUGGGAGCGCUGGAAGGAAAGGUCGCAGAGUACGAAGCAGAAUUGAAGGACAAAGGAACUACAGAAAUCGUGGUUUCAGAGGCCAACAAUGCGACGUCUAAAACGCCGUCUAAUGUCGAUGUAAACCCGAAAUUCGUCGAACGGCUCCGGCGGUGCGUGCUGCGCAAGAACCUGGUCGAGGAUUUUUUCGCGAAUACGAAAGUAUCAACAUCAAAUGCAGCCGAACGUCAACCGAGCACAAAAACCGGCAGCAUGGACACGUUCGUCGUCGCUUUGAACCCGAGCGGGCAGAACGGCGAGAAUUCCGUUGACCCGAUGCACCUCUGGAAACUCGCGGAACAAGUGCUCCGCGGGUCGGGCAUUCUAGCCGUUUACUCCACGCAGUUCCAGCCGUUGGCGGAGCUGCAGCGAAAAUUGCGGGAGACGAGCGGCAAACCCGAGCUGCGAGUCCGGUGGACCCACGUGAAAAUGCACGAAUACUUCACGCGGGAGUGGCAGGUGCUUCCGAUGCGCACCCACCCGGUAAUGGACAGUUGUUUGAAUCUCGUACAGGGCUUUGUGCUGUGCGCGACCAUGCUGCGGGUCGACACGGAAGCGGAGGCGCACGACCUGGAAUCCCGUGAGCGCGCGGAGGCCUUUGCGAAAGCAAACAAUCUAGGCUUGAUGCAGCAGCAUUCCAAACGACGCCGAGUGAGGAAAUAAGGGAACUGGAGGACACGACCGUUGAGUGACUUAAAAAUGUGCGGACACAUCAAAUUGCGCUCUUUCGGAUCUGGGCGACGGCCAUUUGAAAUUGUCCUACAACGUCUUCCUCAAACGAAUCACGGUUUGUUGUUUUGCAAAACGCUGUAUUGCAGUGAGCCGCUACGUCCAUCGAGGGCGACCUCAUUUGACGUCAGAAAAGUUUAUUUUCGACUCGAUGGAACCGGAU